CGUGGACACGAUAAGCUGUCAUUCACAUUAGUUCAGCAAUUUUUUUUUCUGCAUUUGAAAAUAACCUGGGGGUUUGGGAGGUGAAUGACCACAGCCCAGGCUGCGUUCCUUUCAGCUAGAAGCAGGGUCGCAGUGUUGACGCCAUGAUCAAUUCAAGUCUUUACGCAGUGCGGAAGAGGAGGAGACCCAUGAAGCAAAUAAAGCCCUCAUCUCCUGAAGGAGCCAAGUCUAAUGCAUCCAAACGACACCGGGAGCGGUUGAACGCUGAGUUGGAACGACUGGCAGGUACGCUGCCAUUUCCGGAAGAGGUGAUCUCCAGACUGGACAAGCUGUCCAUCCUCCGGCUGUGCGUCAACUAUAUGCGAGUCAAGAGCUUCUUUGAAGUUUCUCUACCGAAUCCGGCCAGAACGCCAGCGACCUCUGUUAACAAUGGGCAUCUGGACUCCACCACAAGCCUGGCACCGGCACCAGCCCCUGGCCAGUCUCCAGACGUACCUGAGGGAGACCUUCUGUUGCGGGCCCUGAAUGGCUUUGUGAUGAUCAUAACUACAGAUGGGCUGGUCUUCUACGCUUCAUACACCAUUAAAAACUACCUGGGCUUCCAACAGUCGGACGUGGUUAAUCAGAGAGUGUUUGAGCUGAUCCAUGUGGAAGAUCGUGAGGACUUUCGCCGUCAACUCCACUGGGCGUUUAAUCCACCUCCAACUAAACCUGGACCAACAGAACCUCAGGGUGCAGGUAAUUCAAAUCAACCGCCAACUUUGUACGAACCCAAUCAACUUCCACCGGAUAACUCCGAGUUUCUGGACCGCAGUUUCGUCUGUCGCUUCCGCUGUCUGCUCAACAAUACCUCAGGAUUUCUGGCAUUGCAUUUCCAUGGAAAGCUGAAAUUCCUGCACGGACAGAACAAGAGUUCGGAGCUGGGUGUCUCCCUGCCGUCCCCUCUGGCCCUGUUCACCAUCGCUGUCCCUGUUCAGCUGCCGUCCAUUGUCGAGGUCCAAGAGAGAACCCUCAUCUUCAGGACCAAACACAAACUUGAUUUCACACCUCUGUCGUGCGACACAAAAACCCGGCUGGUGCUGGGCUGGACUGAGGCGGAGCUGCAAGUGCGCUCUGGAUACCAGUUCAUCCACUGUGAAGACAUGAUCUACUGUGCUGAGAGUCACAUGAGGAUGAUCAAAACUGGGGAGAGCGGCAUGAUCACCUUCAGGAUCCUCUGCAGGGAUGGCCGCUAUCAGUGGAUACAGGCUCUCGCCAGGAUUGUGUACAAGAACAGCAAGCCGGACUGCAUCAUCUCCGACCAACACCCUUUAACAGAAGCAGAAGGAGAAGUACAGCUGCAGAGAAGGCUGAAGCAAUGUGGUGUGUUUGCGUGGCCCAAGGCAGCCUCACUGUAUGCGACCCCCAGUGUCGUUCCUCCUCAAGCCCAUCUCAGCCACAGUCGGGGCCAAGACAUUAAAACUGAACAGGGACAAUUCCAAGAAGAAUGCACCCUACAUUCCAUGGAGGAGAAAAUCCUGGAUGAAGUCACGGACAUUUUGAGAACUUCAGAACUGCUGGAGCUCCCACAUGGAGAGGAAUUCCCAGCUGCACCGUGCAACAGAGGAGUAGCUAAAGGAGUUAUCAGACCAAUUGAUGCAGGGAAUUACGGGGAAGCUUAUGUGGCCACCAAUACCCUUGACACUGCAUUGGGCUUGGACGCUGUUGUUUUGGAGAUGCUGAAUGACUAUGGAGUGACUCAAAAGGAUUUGGAAGCAAUUCCUCAAGAUGAACAGACAAAACAUGUGAAUUUUGCCACUUUGAAUGGUGACGAUUCUUUUCCCAGUGACAUUCUCUCUGUGAUUGAGUGUCCAAUGUCAUCCUUCAAUUCAUCCACAGAAAGCCUGAGCUCCUACACUGAGGACCCCUCGUUUCCAUUGGAGAGUGGUGGGAAGCAAAUUGAAGCAACCUUCUGCUACCAGUCACCUCAAGUCUCCAACCUCUCGGACACACACCUGCAGAUCAAUGCCUCAGAUUACAUUCCUAAUUCUACAUAUUUCAUGUCUCAGUCCAGCAUGCGGUUGACCAGACCAGUUGAAAACAGCAGCCGAUCAUAUAUCCAUCCUCCUGCUCUGAACCUGCCAUCCAUCAAAGUAACCAAUGCAAACCCCCAGCUAAACCUUUUCAAUGGCCAAGCGAGUUGUUUGCAUCAACCAGGAAUUGUAAAGCCACCUUGGUCCUUGUCUGGUGAAGAUCCACAGGGGUCUGACAUGGUCAUCCCCUCAGGCUUCCUCCCAAAAGAUGUCAUGAGGUUCAUUGCCCCUACUGGGGCUCAGAGUUUGCUGUGCGCAGGUCCGUCAUGGGGUAGCGUCCAGUGA